AUGGAUAUUUACCAAAGGCGCCCACAGGCUGUGGUUUUGCCAAUUCUAUCUUCUUUCUCCAUUGCUCUCGCCAUUCCGCCUCUAAUUCUGCAUGGAAAGAAUCGCAAUUUCCCAGCUACCAGUCUGAUAUUCUGGUCAAUCCUACUCAACUUAUUCAACAUUAUCAAUGCUCUCAUAUGGCCCACGGACAACGUGGGUUCGUGGUGGGACGGGGCUGGUCUCUGCGAUAUCGAGGUCAAAUUUAUGACUGCUGGCUAUGUUGGCAUCCCAGGAAGCCUGGCAUGUAUCUUUCGAAGUCUUGCAAUUGUACUGGACACAGAUCGGGCUACAUUAGUCCCGAGCAAAGGUCAACGCUGGCGCAAUCAGUUCGUGGAAAUUCUGUUCUGCGUGGCUGUUCCAGUCAUCGCAAUGAUCACGCAAAUCAUCUGGCAGAAGAGCCGAUACUUGCUAUUCGCUAUUUCGGGGUGUGUGAACAACUUCGACGAGAGUUGGGUCAGUCUCGUCUUUGCGUGGAUCUGGCCGCCGAUUAUCUGCCUCAUUGCAGCAUACUAUUGUUGCCUGGUCAUUAUUCGUGUACACAAGUACCGAAGCGACUUCGCAAACAUCAUUCGCGCCUCCAGCAGCAAUCUCAGCAAAUCCCGCUUCCUCCGGCUCUUCUUUCUUGCCUUAUCAAUGCUUGUCUGUAUCCUCCCAUUGCAAGGCUACGUUGUCUACAAUGACAUUGCCCUCUCCCUGCCCUGGCACUCCUACUCCUGGGGUAAUAUCCACAACGGAGAAUGGCACACCAUCGUCAAAUACCCCAUCGGUGGCACCGUCUUCUUCGACCGCUGGACCCCUGUCGCAUCAGGCUUCAUGAUCUUUAUCUUCUUUGGCUUCGGCCGCGACGCAACACGCAUGUACCGCACAGUCUUCUGGUACCUCGGAUUGAGCUACUGUUUCCCAAGCAUCGGGCCCCCAACAGAUACACACAGCACGCCGGCCCCUGGGCACGCCUCAACAGCAACCACCCUGGUCGGCAGUAUCGAAUCCCGAGCCAGAACGCUAUUCUCCCGCCAGAAGGAAUCCGUCGCUACUUUUAUCUCGACACAUAGCACCUACAACGAUCUUGAAAAAGGCACCUCUUCGCACUUGUCCCGACGCGGCUCUGGCAAAUUGACUAAGAAGUCUCGAUGGAGUAGCUUGCCCUGGUCGCUUUUUAAUAGACGUCAGACUCGUCGAGAUACCGAUGGAACCCUGUUGACCGACCUCGCCACUCCUUCACAGACCGUAUGCACGAAUGCUUGGGCUAGUCGCCGUGAUAGUCAUGAUUUGUCCAGCGGGCCUACUUCGCCGGAGCUUAAUAGGGAUUACAUUCAUGUGCGGCAGGUCAUCAGCCAACAGAGUGAGGUUAGGGUUCAGGUUUAG